AUGUCCACUAAGGCAGUUGUGACGCUGGCCACCUUCGGGUGUGGUUUUGUGAUGGUUGGUGCGUUGUUCGGGCUCGCCGCCUUGUACAACGACAUUAACAACUUCUACGACUCGGCGCUGGGAGAUAUCCAUGAGUUUAAGGUUUACGCCAACGACGCCUGGGCCGAUAUGGUCCGCUCCACUAGCACCGCUUCCGGUGCCUCGGCCCGUGACGCCAUCUUCGGCCGUGCCAAGCGUCAGGCCGCCCAGUGCAACUGCGCCGCCAAGGCCAACGGAUGCCCCGCUGGACCCCCUGGACCCCCUGGACAGCCCGGAGCCGAUGGAGAGGCUGGAGAGCCCGGAGAUCGCGGCCAGGAUGGAGCUCGAGGUGUCUCGAUCCCCCAGAAGGACGCCUAUAACAACGGCUGCAUCGUCUGCCCCGCCGGACCUCCCGGACCCCCCGGACCAGAUGGACCCGCCGGAGAAGCCGGACCCGAUGGACAGAACGGAGAUGAUGGACAGGCCGGCCAAGACGGACAGCCCGGAGAGGCCGGACCCGCCGGAGAUGCCGGACACGACGGAACCCCCGGACACCCUGGACAGCCCGGAGGACCCGGACAGAAUGGAACCAAGGGACGCGGAAGGCCCGGACAGCCUGGACCUCGUGGACCCGUUGGACCCGCUGGACAAGCUGGACAGGAUGGACAGCCUGGACAAGACGGACAGGCCGGACCCGAAGGACCCGCCGGCCAAGCCGGACAAGACGGAGAGGCUGGAGCCCCCGGCCAAGACGGACAACCCGGAUCCGAUGGAGUCCCCGGCGCCGAUGCCGCCUACUGCCCCUGCCCACCACGCACCGCCGAUCUCCCCGUCUCACAGGCUGGAGCUUCUCAGAGCUACGGCGACUCUGCCCCGGCCACCGCCCCGGCUGCUGGUGGAUACCGUCGCAAGGCUGCUCGCGUCAUC